AUGUGUGGGGCUCAUUCGUGCAAAGUCCGCGUUGGGAAUAUGUGUGACUGUGAAGUUGUGGGAUAUGAAGUUCCCGGAAAGAAAAGAAUUUUACUGCACCUUCUUCCAUUGUUCUCUCUUUUCCCUUUCUCUUCCUCCAUUGCACCCCUCUGCAAGCGGUCGCUACUUUUGUUUCCUUUUGUUUUUUGUUUGAAUUGCAACUAUUUGCUGAUGGUGGAUAGCACUGCGGAGCAGACGAAACGCACAUGUGUUUUCUAUACACUCGUACCUGCACUUUUUCUUAAUUUUUCUACUAGGUCUCUUCUUCGGUUGCUCAUUCUCCUUUUUUUUUCAUUUUUUAAUGUUGCCGGCCGGCGGACUUUGCUGACGAGGUUAUGCUGUUGUUUCCACUUACCGUUUCACGCUUCUCCCUUACCUCUCCCGAAAGUGAUGGGUGCAGAGGGGAAAAUGAUGCUGACGAAUGAAGUACGUAAACCGAGAAGAAGGAAGGAAAAGAAAGAAGAUGAAAUAAUGGUUAUAGCCAUAUUAACAACAGCAGUAAACGAGCUCGCAACGUUUUCAUAA